GUCCCAAAAUCCGUUAGGAGAAAAGCUGAGCGCGCGGGUCGGUGUGGGUGUGUGUGUAUGUGUACAUGCGUGAGUGUGUGUGUAGAGUUGUAGCGAUGGCGUCCUGUGCGCGCGCGGUGUGGCUCGGGCUGAAGCUGCUGUUUAUCGCGGGCUCGGUGUCGGUAAACUGCGCGAGCCGAAGCGACCUGUUCGACUACGGAGCUCAGUUUGGAGAUCAGAGUCUGCAGUCCGGAAAUGACGAGACUCAGCAAGUCCACUUAGACCGAGCUGUGCUCUUCUUCCAGGACAGCUUUGAAAAAGUUUACGUCAACACCAAUGGCUUUGUCUCCGUGGCUAACCCUCCAGCUCAGUCAGAGUAUUUGGGUAAGAUGCCCGCUACCUUUGGCAUUAUCGCAGCUUUCCUUGGGGACCUGGACACCAGCGACGGAGUUGGAAAAGUCUACUUUAGGCAGGACACCAGCCCAGAAUUGUUGCAGAGGAUUGGCGAGCAGAUCAGCCAGGCUUAUCCGGACGAGAGCAAGCUUGAGCCGACUCAUGCCUUCGUUGUGACCUGGGAGAAUGUGGCAGCUCAGGGAGCUCUGGAAAGAGGAGACGGAUCUCAUAAAAAAAGAAACACUUUCCAGCUUGUCUUAGCAUCUACAGAAUUGACCACCUAUGCCAUCCUGCUCUACCCAAAAGAUGAAAUGCAUUACUUCUCCGCUCCUGUAGGGGAUGAGAGUCGGGCCAUUGAGGCUGGAUUCAGCCAGGGUCAGAUUCAGGGCUGGGUCUGGACUACACAAGGCCCUUAUUAUCGCAUCCCCACUAAUGUCCAGAACACUAACACCAGAGAACUCACAGAACUAACAAAUUCUGGCACACGUGGUGUGUGGGUUUACAAGAUUGGCUCCUCCACCUUUUUCACUGAUAUUAUACCUGGCCAUGUCACCACCGUAGUGGAGAAUGUGUUUCCUCAGGAAGCCACUGAAAAUCCAGAGCCAAGAUACUCUGGAAUGGGUGAGUUCACAGAGGAUCCACCUUAUGAAGCAGAAACAACCCUACCAGAAUUAAGCACACCAGAAACCAUCCCACCAGAGCCAACGUUACCAGAAACACUCCUGGAAGUCAAGCCUGUGAUCCAAGAUCAGUCUUAUUUGACAUACAACCACCAACCUCCCCAGGGUAACAACCCUCAUGAAAUCUACCCGUUACCUCGGGGACCCAGGCCGGUCAACCCACAGGUGGUGAUUUUGGACGGACAGGACGAAGACAUAAAUGUUAAUGUGUUUUCUUAUUAUGAGAAGUGCGCCAACAACAGGCACAAGUGCUCUAGUUUCGCAGAUUGCCGAGAUUACGACACAGGUUACUGCUGCCAUUGUAAGCCUGGCUUUUAUGGCAACGGGAAGGAAUGUGUCGCUGAGGGCAUACCGCAGAGGAUGAAUGGGAAAGUUAAUGGCAGAAUCUACGUCGGCAGCGCAAGUUCCCCGGUCGAGUUCUCUAACAACGACUUGCACUCGUAUGUAGUAGUGAACGACGGACGAGCUUAUGUAGCCAUUAGCAGCAUCCCAGCCAGCGUCGGCCACUCCCUGCAGCCUCUCGCCUCACUCGGAGGGGUCAUUGGCUGGGCCUUUGCCCUGGAGCAGCCGGGAUAUGAGAAUGGCUUCAGCGUAAUUGGAGGGGUUUUCACUCGUCAGGCCGAGGUGACCUUUCAGCCAGGUGGAGAGAAACUCUCCAUCAACCAGGAGUUCAAAGGAAUCGACGAGCACAACCACCUAGUGGUGAGCACUCGGCUGGACGGAAGAAUCCCAGAAGUCUCACCUGGUGCCAGUGUCCAAAUAGACCCCUACGUCGAGAUCUACCAAUACGCUAGCAACUUUAUAACAUCCUCCUCCACGCGGGAAUACACAGUAAGCCCCCCUGAUGGUCCUGUCAAGACUCUGAACUACCUAUGGAGGCAGAGGAUCACGUUCCAAAGCUGCCCGCAUGCUGAUUCUGUUCACUCCAUGCCACCCAGCCAGCAGCUCAGCGUGGACCAGGUGUUCGUCAUGUACGACUCUGCCAACCAGCUCAUCCGCUAUGCCAUGAGCAACAAGGUCGGCCCCAUCAGUGGAACCCCACAGCAGAACCCGUGUUACACUGGGAGACAUGGAUGCGACACCAAUGCAGUCUGCCACCCUGGUGAGGGAAACCAGUUCACAUGCCAGUGUGCUUCAGGCUUCACAGGCGACGGACGCACAUGCUACGAUAUUGAUGAAUGUGCGGAGACCCCACAGAUCUGUGGCGCUUACGCCAUCUGCAAUAAUCAUCCCGGGACUUUCCGCUGCGAGUGUAUGGACGGCUUCCAGUUCGGCCCCGAUGGCCGCACCUGUGUCCAAGUGCACCAUGACAUCAAUCACUGUCAGAGGGGGACACACAACUGUGAUAUAGCUGAACGCGCCCGCUGCAGCUACACCGGUGGAUCAACGUACAUCUGCUCCUGUCUGCCCGGCUUCACGGGAGAUGGCAGAGCAUGCCAUGAUAUUGAUGAGUGCCAAACUUCUCGUUGCCAUAGAGACGCCAUCUGUCACAACACUCAAGGCUCUUUUACCUGUCAGUGCAAUACAGGUUUCUACGGCGACGGCUUCAGCUGCACAGCUGAUUCAGUGCGUGAGAAAACUGCAUGCGAGCGACACAGAGAGACAGCCCUGGCAGCCACGUCUACCGGUGGAUAUGGCUUCUUCCGGCCACGCCCAUCGGUAGGCCAGUACAUCCCCACAUGUGACCACAAUGGAGAGUACAUGCCUAUGCAGUGCCAUGAGAGCAUCGGCCAGUGCUGGUGCAUGUACCCCAACGGCCAGGAGAUCCCUGGAACCCGAACUGGACCAGGAAGCACACCCACAUGUGAGGACUUUGUUCCUGUUGGCCCCACCACCAGGCCAGAUGUCAGACCACCACCUCCAGGAGCUAAUCUUCUAUUUGCCCAGAAUGGCAAAAUAGAUAACAUCCCAUUGGACGGCAGCAACAUGAAGAAAGAGGAGACUAAGACCAUGCUGCAUCUACCAGAUAAAGUGGUGAUUGCUGUGGCAUAUGACUGCAUGGACAAGAUGGUGUACUGGACAGACAUCACACAGCCAUCCAUCAGCAGAGCCAGCGUUCAGGGAGGCCAGCCCACGGCCAUUAUCACAAAAGAUUUAGGAAGUCCUGAAGGAAUAGCGAUCGACCACCUGUCCCGAAACAUGUACUGGACAGACUCCGUUUCGGACCGGAUCGAGGUGUCUACGCUAGACGGACAGCAUCGACGUGUGCUCUUUGACACUGACCUCGUAAACCCCAGGGCCAUCAUCACUGACCCUGUCAAUGGACGUCUGUACUGGUCAGACUGGAACAGAGACAGCCCUAAGAUCGAGAUGUCCAACAUGGACGGUACAGAUAGGACUGUACUUGUGAAUGAUGGUAUAGAACUCCCCAAUGGACUGUCCUUUGAUCCUCAUACCAGGCAACUGUGCUGGGCAGAUGCAGGUAUACGUAAGGUGGAGUGCAUUAACCCUUACACUCGGGUGAGGAGAAAGGUGGUGGAGGGACUGCAGUACCCCUUCAGCAUUGUCACCUAUGGAAGAAACCUUUACUACACAGACUGGAGAAGGCAAGCUGUGGUAUCUGUGGACCAUGUGGCAGGGAAAGAGGUGGAUGAAUUCCUGCCUCAGAAGAGAUCGCGCCUGUACGGCGUCACCACCUCGUACCCACAAUGCCCUCAAGCUGAAAGGAACUACUGCUCGAGCAAUAACGGCGGCUGCUCGCACUUGUGUCUGCCGCGGCCGGGCGGCUUCACCUGCCGCUGUCCUGAUGCCCGGGACGACACGUGCAUCGAGAGAGACCGUAACAUCUGAGAGCGCUUGAAUGAUGGACACGCAGGUGUGUCAACGAGACGGGGAUAAAGCAACACCUGUGACACAUGAUUCAAGGACAAAAACCAUUGCGUAUUGUAAUUAGGGAGAGAAGAUCCAUUUCAGCCGCUAAACCCCGCCCCAUCACUAAAGUCCUGGGACACUGCAGAUGUGAUGAAGUAAUGUGUGAAAGAGGAAUAAAUGAAGUUAGACAUGGAUAUGGAUAUAUAAACUGUGAGAGGAGGAGAUCUCAGGAUAAAAUGAGAGGAAGAAGAGAGCACAAAGAGCUGGGAUAGACUGCAGAAGGAAGGAGGAGUGAAUAUGGUGCUUUUCAAACUGUGACCAAUAGGGACGUCCAGGGGUCCGUGAGCCGGGGCAAGAAGGUCCAAGUCAAAACUGGUCCAUUUUGCAUCUAGGUUCUUGUUGAUUGUUGAAUUAUUAAAAUCUUUAUAGUUUCAAAUUUAUUUCAGUAUAUUAUUAACUGGUUAUGUGGUAAUUAAGUGAUUAGUGACAGCAUCAUGUUUGAAAGUCUUAAGUCAUGUGGAGACAAAAUAUAGCCAUACUUCUGCAUUUUAGCAAGCAAGUAAAUGCCACGUUUUUUUCCUAAGUUAAUAUGACUAUAUAUGGGGUGUGGGGUGGAAGGGGUGGGAUAGUUAUGGGCUGGAUAUUAUCAUUAUAUUAAUUAUUUACGUACAUCAAUAUAAUAGUUACAAUUAUUUUCCAAUUUUGUUCUUAGAUUACCACUUUUUAAUUGUAAAGUAAAUGGCUGAUAUAGAGCCACUAUUUUAAAAACAUAUUUCAGGUUAAAAGAAACAGCCAAAAAUUAAAUUAACACACUUUCCCUCUCUCCCAAAUGUAGUCCAUCAGCCAAGACAUGUUUCUUCUUCUUUAUUUCUACAAAUGUUGCUAACAAGUAAGCCUCCAAUUUAGCAUUAUACUAGUCUCUCACAAAUCUAGACUCCUAACUUUCGCUAGAUAAUCUGGUGGGAAAAAAAAAAAAAACACUGCCAAGAACCACCUACUUCACAGAAAGAGCCAGUUAUACUGACACGGUAGAUAACCAACCACAGACCUUUUUCUUUGACCAGUUUCAAACAAAACUCUUUAAUGACUUGAUGGAAUUUAGACAAGUUUUGUCAGUCCAUUGACUAUAUCUUACUCCAUAAAGCUUGUUAUCAUGGUGUUCAAAAGCUGAAAGGCGGAGCUAAUUAGAUUGCAACCUUCAUGAUCCUUAAGCUUGUGGCCAGAAAAAUGUACAAAAGUUAUCAGAUUUGACAGAGCAAUUGAGGCUCCACCCACAGCUUGCAAUGAGUCUGAUAUCUUUUGUACACUUGUCUGGCCACAAGCUUCAGGAUCUUGAAGGUUGCAAUCUGAUUGGCUGUUUGCACCACUGGUUUCAGAUGGGAAAACAAACAUUUGAACCCAGUGACACAAUCAACUUUUUGGAGCACGAUAGAGUCUCUAUAUUAAAAAAAAAAAAAAAAAGGAUUACUAAACUAUGUGCAGAGUAAGAAAGUCAUAAGUGUGUCAUGAUUGAGACUUGCACAUUGUUGUACUGGUAGCAGUAAGCUUUUCUUACUUGAUAACAUCAUUAGCCUCAAAGUAAAUUUUAGAUGUCACACGUCUUUAUUUCUUGCCUACACUUGAGGUACAUGGGAAACAGUGUUAAUUUCAUAAUUGUUGAACUAUUUAAAGAUGUUCACGUUUACAAGCUUUAAGCUAAUCGGGGAAGAUGCUGAGGUGCUGUCCAUCUGGAUCCAGCACUGCUGGGGAGUGUGUUGGCCUUCCUGACCUCAUCCGCCAUAUGGGGCUUCACACACUCGCCAGUUAUGCAUUAGAUAAAGUUACCAUGUACGUGUUGAUUAUGCAGCUGGGGAGAGGAGGUGGGAAACAUGGGAUCAUGUCCAAUUCAUACAGCUGUCUAAUAAAAAAAAUCGCCCUUUUUUUUUAA